GCAGGGCAGAGGGUGCAAGGACUCCGUUUAACGGGGGAAAGUGAUACGUGGCCGGUGACACGAGGACGGACAAAGGGGAGCACAGCAGGAGGAAGAAACGUCCGGGGGCCGUUCAAUCGUCUUCGCAUCGGAACCGAUCGCGGGCUCAUUGUCUCACCGUACCCCGACAGCGGCGGACAACGUCCUCUCGUCGCUAUCGCGAUGUCGUUAUUAUGAGAUCCACGUCGGGCCCGAGGCUCCCUUACACCUGACAGCCACCGAGAUCGUUCAACUCCGCGUCCGUUCUAUGAACGAACCUUCCACCGAACACACCAGAGGACCAAGACAAAGAAAGGGACAAGUGGACGACACUACUAGCAGCGCUAUCCACUGACACACACGCCGGCGGCAAACCACGCGAGGGAACGACACAACCAACUACCAAAGAAUUUUUAUCGAGGGAUACGAUUGUUCGCGAGAAGUGCAUUUUUACCAGGUCAAGGUCGACUCACCGAAAGAAGAGCGGGGAACAUCGGGCGAAUCGACGCGCUGCUGCCUUGUUUAGGAAGAAAUCAUUGAUCCAGGAGUAUUGUUCAUUCGGUCGAGCGAUCCGCUAAUCGCCCGUGGACAACGAGUCCAGGCUGAGAGAGCUGAUACGGCCACGGGGGUUGAUAAGGAUAAGAGGGGCGCGUGAAGGUGACGAGAGGGUGAAGUGAAGGUGUCCUCGUGGGGUGCCAGAGUGAGCACGAUAGCACCUCUGGUGCCCUCGGCCGUGGGUCCCGAGGGGACGGACGCCAUGGCGGCCUCUUCGUCCUCGUCGAGCGGCGAGCAACAGUACUCACUCAGGUGGAACGACUUCCACUCGAGCAUCCUCAGCUCAUUCCGCCAUCUGAGGGACGAGGAGGAUUUCGUCGAUGUUACACUGGCAUGCGACAGUAGCAGUUUCACCGCGCACAAGGUCGUCCUCUCUGCGUGCAGCCCUUACUUCCGGAGGCUCCUCAAGGCCAACCCAUGCCAGCAUCCGAUCGUGAUCUUGAGGGACGUCGCCUCGUCGGACAUGGAGUCGUUGCUGCGCUUCAUGUACCACGGCGAGGUGCACGUGGGUCAAGAACAGUUGGCCGCGUUCCUGAAGACUGCACAGAUGCUCCAGGUACGGGGGCUAGCUGACGUGAACAGCGGCGCCGCGACGGCGAAGAUCCCGCCGCCAUCGUCGUCGGGGGGAUACAACGGUAGCGCUCCGGCGACGCCACGUAACCCUUGGCAAGACAACGGCAGGGGAGACUUGAACGAGAGUGCGAUAAGUCCGCCACCAGAGAAGAGACCUAGAAGCCAGAGUCCUCCUCUUGGCAACCACGUGGAGCAGAAAUCGGACCUUCAGGAAUCGCUUUUGGGCCAGGCUUUGGAAGGAGGACCAACGAUACACACGACGCCGACCAAUAAUGUACAGGCACAGUCUACCGGCGAGGACUCGAAUUCCAUGUCGGACAACGAGGAGGACAUGUCGAAUAACGACAGCAUUUUGAACUCGGUGAAGACAGAGCCGAGCGACAUCUUGAACGACUCCAUGGAACACCAUCGUAACUCGUUCCCGGCUGCGCUCUUGGGACUACCAGGACUGAUACCAGGACCGUCGGGGAUCCACGCGGCGAACCAGGAUCCGAACUACGAUCACGGGCUCGAUGAGGCAGAGGGCGCGGCUUACCACCACCACCACAGCCAUCACCAGCAACAUCAUCGGCAUCGUCAUCAUCAUCCACCAUCCGUCCCUCCUCCUCACCACCACCAUCAUCAGGCGCUACAGAAAGACGAGCAAGACCAGCAGCAGUCGACUACUACUGGGAGCAGCAGCGGCGGCGGCGGCGGUGGAGGCGGCAGUGGCGGCGGUGGUGGCGGAAGCGCGACGAACACCACCAGCACCGGGGCCGGCAAGUACCAGAGGAGCCCGGCGGACUUCAGGCAACAGAAGAUGAUGCGCGACCAUCAUCAGCAGCACGGUUACAGGUGUCCGCUCUGUUGUAGGACGCUGCAGGACAUCAGUACGAUGAGGGCGCACCUGGAACACCACUACCCCCGCGACUCGCCGACCUGUCCCGUUGCCUCUUGCGCGAAAACGUUCUCCCAUCCGAACAGCGUCAGGAACCACAUGCGCCUGAAGCAUCCCGUGCAGUGGGAUCAGAUUAAGACGCUCAGAUGGACCUACGUCUGAUAAAGAGGCAACGAGGAUUGAAAUUAUUCUUGUUCUUCUACUUCUACUUCUUCUUCUUCUUCUUUUUCUUCUUCCUCUUUUUCUUGUUCUUUUUUUGUUUUGGUUUUUGUGACGUUCGUUUCGAGUAUCUUCUCUAUCCUUGGAUACGUUCGAUGGGAAACUUCGAACGGUCCAGUCAGAUCCAGUUAUGAUUUCCAAUCGUUUUCUUGUUCCCUCGUGUCCCGGCUUCCUGAUAUUCGGUAAAUCAUUCUUCCCUGACGGUGUGUUGUUCAUCGAUCGCACGUGACUCGAUAUCGUUUCUUGGACAUGGUGGAGGGUGCGUUCCUUUUGUUUCUCUCCCGCGGAAAAGGUCUCGCGUGCCAGAGUCUAUAAACCCGUGUAUUCGAAAAGGUUACGCGAGCCAGUAAGUAUACAAGAAGGGCGAGGUAUUUUCGGAUCGCGCCGAGCGUCGCCCUCGCCCAGCGCUUUUGUACCCGCGAAACGCGUCGCACAAGUGCACCCCCUCCUCACUCGGAACCUAUGUUACGCCCCAGCCCCUACGGUCCCGAACUGAGAAGCGCACACUUUGUAAAUAUUCGGAAGAUUAUAUUGAUGAACAGAACAGAAGGAAUAUAUUAUAUAUAUAUAUAAAUAUAAAUAUAAAUAUAAAUAUUAUAGAGAGAGUAUAUAUAAAUAUAUAUAUUAUGAAGAGAUAAUCUAUAUAUAUUAUAUAUACAGAAGAAGAGAGAAACACAGAGAGAUGAGAGUUGAUUUUGUAUAAAAGAGAAAAGAAAAAAACGUACGAAGCAGUAUUUCCAAGUAGAGCCUGAGAAAAAAGAAAUGGUAAACGAGAAAAAAAAAAUUAAAAGGAAACAGAUACACAUUGACACAUACACACACACGCACGCAGACAUACACACAUACUCACAUGAAACCGCGUAGUCACACCAUAGAUCGUGUAAUAAGAGUAAUAAACGUCGAUUGUAAGACUACGAGCGUCGGCGGCGACGUUAACGGUUAGGUUUAAAUACGUAUCUUACAAGAGAAAACAAUGUUCCUCUAAAGCUGAGUAAGCCAGCCUUACGUUAAAGAUCGUAGUAUUAAGACCGUAGGAUUGGGAGUCGAGAGAAUUAUAAAUUAUGUACGAGCGGGGCGUGUAGGCGAGAAUAUUCGCGGCGCUGCCUGACGAUGAUUAGGCGCACGCCGAUGUUUCGAUUGCCGAACGGUUUAUGCCGCGUUGUGUAACGGUUGUCGAGAGUAACUUUCGCGAUGCUUCCGUAAUUGUUAAUCGAGGAAACGCAAUAUUAUACGUAUAUUUACACACAUACAAUUAUAUGACACGCGUAGAGAGAGAGAGAGAGCGAGAAAGAGAGAGAGAGAGAGAGAGAGAGAGACGCAUUAAUUGCUGACGCACAGAGGCGCUUCGGAGAUUGCUCGAAUGCUUGGAACCUAUUGCAGACGUUUCAAGUGUUUUAUUUAAGAAAGGACGAUCUCGCGAAAGCGAGGAAAUAGGAAAAAUUGAUAACAUCCAGUUACUUCGAUCUGUAAGUGUCUCGUUAAACGCUCAAAAUUCCCUUGUUCGACUGAACUACCUUUCGAGGUCAAACUAUUGGACGAAAUGAAUUUGUUUAAUGUCUUGAUUCAAUAUAGUUUCGAAAAGCUAGGUGUAAAGAAACAAGCAAUGACGAAAAUAGAAAUGAAAUUUCGAAAUGAAUAAAAGAGAGUGAUCUUUGAAGCGUAGCUGUGAUCGCGAGAGUGAAUGUGGAUCGAUCGGUUGACUCGAGCAACGCCUAGCCUUAUUUUUCUACAGUCUUGUGUUUCGUCAGUAUUCCCUAGGUGAAGAAUUCCCCCAGGCAGGUUAAGUUUUCGACACACGUGUACGAUAGUUACUAGAGAUACGCUGCGAAUGAAUACGAGAAAAAAAAUAUAUAUAUACGAAAUACAAAUAUAUAUAUAUAUACGCGUGCGCGAGUUGUUGGUCGCGCGAGUGGUUCAGACAUGAACGUACCACGCUAGUCCCCGUUAACGAUCUGUCGUAACGAAUCGAAUUUCCGAUAGAUCGUUCAAAGAACGAAACAACUUCUAUUCUCCGGCAAGCCAGUUCCACCGGUCACAGAACGCGAGAUCGCUUUCACGAUUGACAGCUCGUGCCACGGACAAUGUAUAGAGCAUCAUACGCACUAUUUUAGCAGACACUAGCGUUACGUAAGACUAUACAUACGACACACGAAAUAAAAGUAUAUAAUAUUUAAGUAAUGCUUUGUACAAUAAAAGGUAUUCAGAGAAGUUCACGUGGCUCGUCAGUCUUCGUCCCAUCGAAUCACCUAUUGUUUCUCCACCCCCGCAGUUAGACACGUCCCCUUUACUUUUCAUUAUCUCUACCAAUUUAUUUUAAUCAGCCCCGCCAUUUAAUAUAACGCUUUUCGUUUCGAUCCCAUGGAAUUCGAAGAUUAAUUACGGAGCAGAGUGAAAUUUAAGAUAAAUACGCCUUGGUUUAACCUUUCAUUCCUGACGGUGUUACAAAGUACCAUUCCCAUUAAAAUGCCGUCAGGAAUAAAAACACGCUCAGGUUUUCUGUUUAAUUGAAUUAACUGAAAGUUUCGUCCAGUAAAAGGAAAAUUCCGUCAUUCCGGGGACAAAGAGUUAAAUGCAUUCAAAACCGAAGAUGUUCAGACGUCCGAAAUAUUUCAACGAGAAAAGAUCCUUCCAAGUAACUCGGUCAGAAACAAUGUCCGCGAUGCGUACAGCACGAUAUUAAGAAAGCACAUUCAUUGGUUCCUCCAGUUAAAUUUUAUUUUACAACUCAAAGAACAUUCCACCCGAGUCCAGGAACACGAUCCCUCAUCG